GUGCAAGUGUCAAUGAUGAAAUCGAGGCCGCUGAAGCAAGCGAACAUGGCUCAUCAUUGUUGUGUACCUAUGUGUAAAAACGAUGCACGCUACGACCAAGAUAAAAUACUUUCCUUCCACAGUUUCCCAAAAGAUGAAAAACUUCGCAAAGAGUGGACGAGUAAAAUAAAAAGAGACGAAGGACCUCUCUUCCGAAUCAGAAAGCACACCAAAGUGUGUAGUGCACAUUUUAGACCCGACGAUUUUAAGCGAACUUUGACUGGGAGACGAGAUCUACGCAAAGGAGCAAUUCCAUGCAUAUUCAGAUGGACUACAAAAUCAAAAGACAGCCAAAACAACAAUAAAUCCUCACACAGCCUGAAGUCAUUGAACAAUAGGCAACUAGAUCGGGAAGAAAGUGUGUUUCUUGAAGCAUGUGUUGAUCACAGUUAUGAACCAGCCAAUGGAUUUCGGGAAGAAUUUGAAGCUGCACUAAGCCUUAUUAAAUUCUCAAAACUUGAAUUUUGUUAAAUUUUUCUAAGAAACAAAUCUUUCACACUUAGUCAUGUAACUCAAAUGCUGAAUUCUCAUUGGCCAAAUUUCCACUACAUCAAAACUUCAAAGAUCUCAAAACUAAAUUUGUUGUAAUAAAAUGUUUUCUAUAUUCAUGUAUGAUCAUUAUAUUAUUUCAAUGAUUUUACGUUUAUUUACCAUAAAACAGAAAAAAAGAAAAACCUGCAACUGUUUGUUCCCUUUUUUAUUGUAUUUAAUAUUUAUUAAAUAUCUUUAACCAAUCCAAACAAAAUCACCUGUAAAUCCUAAAGUCCUGUUGUACUUUCUCUACAUAAAUUUCCCAGUCCUGAAGAAACUAGUGAUUUUAAUGAAAUGUAGUUUGUCCAGUACAAAAAUCAUAAAAACCUAACAAUUGCUUUAGAUGAAAUUUGCUGAUCUGAUAUAAUAGUCGUUGGUAUAUACUAUGAAUGUUGUUUUUACCUAUUGCUGUUGUAUCACUUUCACCUGCCCAACUAGGUGUUUCAUAUUGACAAGAAAUUGAUUACUGGGCAUCAGUUUCUAGUCUUGGAGUUGAUUUCGAGUUCCAAUAGUCUCUGAAACUUAAAAACUGCACAACUAGCAUCGAAAAAAUAUUUUGAGAUAUGCCAUCAUCUUUUCCAUAUAAAGGUGGUGUUGCCCUGCUGUUGCUCCUAUUGACAAAAAUUUCUUCAAUUGGUAUUUGCUUCUAAAUUUAAAGGUUUUAUAGGACUCACAUCAUUAAUGAAAGUGUGAUAAUUCCACUACUGCACAACUGAUAUCACUUAAGAUUAUUGUGUACAGAUGACACUAAAAUAUCACUAAUUAUUU